AUGGCGCCACUGCCCCAUAUAUUCACGCACCAUAACUAUGUUUACUUCCUAAUGGUAGCGGGAUCCUCCUCUUCCUCUUCCGGGCCUACAGGACGGAAGAAGAGAGGCGGCGUGGUUCUAACUGGGCGUCGCGUGGAUCAAGCAAUAUUUUUAUGUCAAGACAUAGGACCAUGGUAUUUUCAAAAAAUGUAUGCAAGAUAUUGGAAACAUUACAAUGAAGCUAUGGAGUGGAUGUAUAGACAUAAAAACGCUUAUAGGAAAGCCAUGGAAUUAUUAUAUAAUCCAUCACUUCAUCCUUCCAAACAACAUCAACGUUAUUCUGAUUGGGAUGAAAAUAUUCCAGGGAGAACUGGUCCAUCUUUUUUCUCCACCUCAGACAGCAAAUCACGGUAUCCUCCAAGGCCUCAGGAUGACUUGCAUUAUGUCAGAAGAAGGAGAGCAGCAGAGAAAGAUUCUGAAAUAGAUUCAGAAUUUGAAAGUGAAGAGGACAUAGAAUGUGACCUCAGCAACAUGGAAAUCACAGAAGAACUUCGUCAUUAUUUUGAGCAGACUGAGCGACACCAGGAAGAACUACGGAAACAGAAACAGCUGGAGGCAGAACACCAAGAGAUAUAUGUGGAAGCUGACCAUGACUUUCACUUGUCCACAAGCCGGUCAGUGCAGCCCCCAGCUGAGAAGCCCGGCAAGAGAAGAAUGGCUGAAAUGAGAAAGCUCUAUGGCAAAGGUGCCAACAAAAUACAAGCAAUGGAGACCAUCAUGCAACUCAACUUUGAUAGGAAUUGUGAUACAAAACAGCCCAAGUACUGGCCAAUUAUUUCUCUGAAACUCUGAGCUAUGCGCCUUUUUCCCUUUUUGGAGAUUCAGAGCUGUAUAUCCUGAUGUUCAACCAAGCAGUAUAAUUAAAGGAAUGAUCAACAGUCAGCAAAAGAUCUUUUUAAUUUUCCUUUCCCUUUUCCAGUACAACUUUGAAUUUGUCUGCCAAUUUCCAGAGUCUAUUCCAAUUCAAUAGGAAAAGCUGAAUCGGUCAUUUGUACAGGGGAUACGGAAAAUUCUCUUUUAAAUGGUAUUUCAGUUAAUUUAAUGUUGGCAUGUGUUAGCCUUGCAGGAAAUGAAGUAACAUUUAUUUUUGUUCAGUUGGGCUAGGGAAAAAGACUAAAAACUAUCAAAAUUCAAAGCAUUUUUAAAAAAUGUUUUUAGUACUACACUAGUUUUGCUGUAGGAUUUUAAAUGCAGCUAUUUUUUGCAACCAUUUAUUUUCUUGGAGGCACCUGUAUUAGUUAGACAAAAUAUCUUAAAUUACUGUAAUUUGGCUUUUUGAGUUUCUCUUCCAAAAUGAAAAGUUUGGCUGUAGAGUU